UGAGCGCACAGCUGCGAUGAUGAUGGUCACUUGCCUGCUCCUCUCCAGCAUUUGGACAGCUGUUCCAGCCUCCGUGMAGGUGACCAACAGGAAGGUCCAGACAGUCCAGGCAGGAGGAAAUGUCACUUUUUCAUGCCAAUCAGUCACGAAGGAAGAUGUGAUCCAGGUGACGUGGCAGAAGGAGACGGACGGGGCUGAAGACAACAUAGCCACAUACAGCAUGAUGAACGGCCCGAAGAUUGCUGAGGCCUACGGCAGCCAUGUGAGCUUUGCCUACAUUGGGUUACAGGCCUCRGCCAUCUCCCUUCACGGAGCCACCUUCCAGGAUGAAGGAUGCUACAAAUGCAUCUUCAACACAUUUCCCUCAGGCGCUGUCACUGGCAGAACGUGUCUCAAGGUUUAUGCCAUCUCAGACCCCAAAGUGGAAACUAAGCUUGUACUUAGUCCAGACAAAGCUGAGAACUCUGAGAAAAUGGUGGGGAUGAGCUGCUCAGCAACAGGGAAACCAGCUCCAAAAAUAACCUGGCACCUUCCCAGCAUCCUACAGCAGAAACCAAGGGAAUACCACAUCAAGUUCAGCAACCAGACCGUGACUGUCAUCAGCAAUUUUACACACACCUACUCAAAAAUCCUUCAGGAGUAUCCCAUCGCCUGCAUGAUCCAACACCCUUCUCUAAAUGUGACCYUGGUCCUGCCCACAGACAGCCUGGAGCAGGGUCCAGACAGCAGCGUGGCACGGGCCAUUGCUAUUGCACUGGGGGUCCUGGUCCCCCUGAGCGUCCUUCUCACCUGCCUCCUCUACCACUGCCUCAGGCACCAGUGUGACCCGGAGAGGAACCCACCCUGGCCAUGCUGGGUACUUCCUGUCUGUACCAAGGCCAAGAAGUGCAGGCAGUAYGGAGCUGCAGGCACAUGAGUUCCUGUGAUGUCCCCCAACCUUGGUGCACCACUGAACACCUGAGAAGCUGCUCACCCUACAUAUGCAAGUGAGAAACUUUUCAAAUGGCACCUCAAGCUCCCAAGGAAACUUCCUGUGACUUUCUCCAAGAGAAAUACAAAAAAGGACAAUUUAUAAUAGAUAUUUAUUUUGUUACRCUAUAAUAUUCUGUUUUGUAUUUAAAAAAUGUACAGUAUUUAUUAGAAACUCAGGCUGAUUGUAUGGAUCCAUAUAGUGCUUUGUAUUUUUGGGGGGUCUGAACACUGUUUUUACUUCUUAAUAUUUUAACAUUGCAAACUCAGAAGUGUAUGGGGGGUGGUCUGUCUUACAAAAGGCAGCAUUUUGUAAGGCUGCUGGCCUAGAAAGUAUUGCUGACAGACCAAAGGAGCCCAUAAUGAGGAGCUGGGCUUGCAGAAAAUCCAUGGAACAGCCCAGCAUGCUGCUCUGAACUUCAGGUGUUGAACUUGUUUCCUAAAGGACACAAGAGGUGAGGCCAAGACUGCAGCCAGCCUGAACAUGUAACCCAGGUGCCAGGAGCACCAGGCUUCAAGUCAGGAGUCCUGAGGAAUUAGGAUGUGCCAAGUCUGAGUUCCACCAGCCUUUCCUGCAAAGUAAUGCAAAAGGCACACAGAUGUUUCCUUCUUUCUCAGUGUUUUCCUCAGCCCCCUUCUGAAUGUCCUUGAUCAAUCAGAGCUGCCAGUGUUUCCUGGCAUCCCAYCCGCCUGCAGGAGGAAGCAGAGCAAUAAUAGGGCAGUUGCAGGGGUAGGAGGUUGCCCAGUGCAUUUUUUUGRUGUCCUGGUGUAGUGGCAGGUGAGGGCAGUGGGAAGCAGGAGGCUGGUAGGCCUGAGGGGGUGGSGUCUUUAUUUAUUUGCAUCUGGGCAGAUAAAUACCAGUUCAGGGCAAGGAGUGUUCCCUGUGCUCAAAAUSCUUUGCUUGUACCAGGAGGUCAGGUCUGAGCUGUAAUCUCCUGUAAUUCCCUGAACUGCACCAUGUGCUCAUGAAGUCCUGUGGAUUUAGGGAAGGAGAAAUGAGCCCACCUGGCUGACGCUGGCCUUGUGGGGAGCCACCAGAGAGGCUGUUUCCUCUCCUUCUGGCUUCCCAGAGMAAAUGUAAUCUGGCUUUUCCUCAUCCACCUAUUUCAAAUGGGCGUCCCACACGAAUCACUGUGCUGUAGUCAAAAAGCCAAGUGAACUAAAAUGAAAACAAGUGGGUGAGUUGAGAAUGAGUAAACCCAGCCUUUUCUAUAAAAUGCUUUUAUUAGGACCCCCUAACACAGAGCAAUAGCACAGGUGGUGAGUUGGCAGAAAGGGAAACCAGCUGUCACACUUGGGGUUUUUUUCUCCUAAGCCCCCUAAUUAUUAAAGGAGGAAGUAAUGUUUUGUCCAAACUUUUCCRCUAUUGCAGCUUCAUUUCUUCCUCCAUGAGGGAAGAGGCCAGGGGAGAAGAAGGUUUUUUCCUGGGUUUGUGGAGGGCCCCUGAUGCCCUUCUCAGGCUGUGUGGCCUCAAACAUUGCCAUCUGCAGAGUCUGCACCUGCGAUUUAGAGCAGUUCAUUUGAGUUUAAACACGAGGUUUCUGCUAAUGUUUAGUCUAAGGUUUUGUUGUUUG